AUGUCGACUCAACGUCCUUCUCAAACACCUCAAACACGCGAAUUCCAUAACUACGUUCCUCCAGACAAAAAAAACCGAGGACCUGAAUUCAAAAAUGGGAAUAGACUGAUAAAUAUAAUAAAUAAUUACAAUCAAACUCCUCCUAAAUCAGCUCCUUCUAAAACUCUUCCUAAAGCUCCUCCUAAAGCUAUAGCUAACCCUCCUAAAAAUCUACACGUACUGGAAAAGAAAUCACAAGACAAGACUACAACCCCGACUGCAGAUAUCACCUCCAAGCAAGUGGAUUCAGGAGAUCAAACACCUGUGGAUGAGGCUGAUGUGAUUCUUAUGAAUGAACUAGGAAUAUUAGGCGGAGAGGAACAAAGUUCGUCUAAGACUACUGUGAUCGCAAAGGAAACUUCUGACCAGGCAACCAGCCCAAUUGAGGUUGUUAAUACUAUGCCUGGCAAUUCCAAAAAUUUGAAUGACUCGAUUUCAAAGGAACUCUCUAGCGGGCAAAUCCAACGCCCUAUAU